AUGUCUGACAAGGAGACCUCGACCCUACAAUCUUACGUCGACAAGGCUAGCGGAGCCGCUCAGAGCGUUCUCGGAUCGUUGACAGGGUCCCAGGCCGAUGUGAAGCAGGGCGAGCAGAAGAAGGACAUCGGUGAUGCGAGGAAGGAUGUCUCCAACGCUGGCACAACCGUCGGUGGCGUCUCUGUCUCGAGCUCCGGUGUCGCAGCCAACGACCCAGACAGACAGGCCGGCUCGUGGAACCAGACAAUCGGCAGCGGCAAGGAGUUCGUCGGAGGCGCACUCGGCAUGGAUGAUCUGAAGAGAGAAGGCCAGCAGCAAAACGCCGAGGGCAAGGGCCAGGAGUCCAAGGGACAGCUCAAUGAUCUGGGUUCAGGCGUUGCGGACCGCGUUCAAGGUACUGUGGGUGGAGCCGUUGCGGGUCUGACUGGCAACCGCACAGAACAGGCCAAGUACGAGCAACAGCACGACCAAGGCAAGACACUGCAGCGCGGUGUUGAGAACGAGCUCAACAAGUAA